UGUAUAAACUUUUUUUGCAGACGACAAUACAUUUCUCCGAACAAAAUGUUUAAAUUGUGGACCUUAAAUGAGUAUUUACAAGAAACUGACGUGCAUGAGAUAAUCAAAGACGAUAAUGGAGAAGGAAGAGACAGAUGGAGAUCUCAUUCUAAGGAAUGUUCAAAACAUCCGGAAACGGUUGCUCCAUACAGAGAGAAGUCUUCAGCAACUGCAGACACCCAGAGGCAGAGAUUCCAGGUAUGCAUAUUCAUCAGAUGGUGACUCCCAAGUGGAUGAGACACUGCAACCUUUGACCUUGGAUGACCUUACAGAUGACUUCUUAGAUAUAGGGUCAAGUGAGGGAAGGUAUCAGAUCCCACAUCCCAGAUCCCGUCUUGAGACUGGCAUCAUGCAAGGGGCUCAUCAGUUUGAUGUUCCUCACCAGGUCCAACCGCACAAAAGAGUACCGGUACAUAAUAAUGGUGCAGUGCAAGGAUCCAAGGCAUCCAUCCACGAUAUGGAGAACGAGUCUCUGAGAAAGAAGCUGCAGACACUGAGAGAUGAAAACUCAAGUCUCGUCACGAGUAAUCACAAGUUACUCACCGAGUUGGAGAGUACAGAGUAUGAGCUACGCACAACUCAAAGCCAGCUACACGUUGUAAGUCAUGACCUGGAAGCUAAGAAUGAAGAAGUUCCAUCGCUACGGGACAAAGUAGCUCAGUUGGAGUCCAGCAUCAAAUUGGAUGAUGAGGCACUAAGGACUGCUGACGGGCGCCUGGUUGAACUGGAGUGUGAGAUUAAAGAGAAGGAUUCCCUCCUGAAGCAGUGCCGAGAAGAAUCCAAGACCAUUAAGGCAGAGUUAACGUAUGAAACACAACAGAGAAAAAGGGCUGAGAAUCAGCGAGAUGAAGCCAUGCAGAAUCUUGAAGAACUCAGUGAUCAACUUAACGAGUACAGGUCCAAGACCAAAGAGAAACUCAAAAAGACCCAAGAUACUGAAGAUCAUUUACGAGACAGUCUUCUUCACUGUGAUAAAGAGAGGGAGGACUUACUUGAGAAAGCCACCGCUCUAGAAGGAGAGCUCCAAGAUGCUAGAGAGGACAUGAGGACGCUAAAGGAAGAGUCCAUCGUGAGUAUGGAGUCCACAACCCAAGACCUACAGUCCACCGUCUCAAGCCUGAACCAGCAGCUCAGUCACCUCCAGCAGGAUCUGGACACCAAGACCAAGGAGAACAGAGACUUAAAGGAGCUGACUGAGCGACAGAAUGAGAGACUCAGAGAAUGCCAGCGAGACAUAGAGGCCAGUCACACUGAGCUGAAGCGUCUGGAGGAGAUGGCACGGAAACUACAGGAGCGAAUGAGAAACUCAGGAGACUCUGCCCUCAUUCACUACGACAUUCCCCGUCCCGUCCGGACAAGCAGCCCGGCAUCAGACCCCGGCCUCAUCGCGCACACGGGGCGCAGAAACGCCAGUCCUACGCGGAGCACCCUGUCCGCGGAUCAGAGUUACGACACUAGCUGGAAUGAUGAAGUGGAGCUGGGAGGGUUAGUGGGCGGGGGAAGCAACCGAGCCCUCGUUGCAGAGUUGAGGAUGAAGUUAGCAAUGAAGGAAGCUGAGAAUCACAGAUUACAAGCAGCUCGGCAGCGAGACACGGCCGGUGUGUCUUUAUCAAGUAGCGGUACAAUGGAUGGGCUUAGGUCAGAAUUUACAGCCCUCGUCGAAAAAAACAAAAUUGGUGACCGUAAGGCCCAGGAGCUAAGUAACAUCAUCAAUCGUCUUGAAGAGGAGAGGACCAGGCACGCAGGGAACCUUGUGCGCCUGCAGGAGCGCUUGACCGAGCAGGAGGCUCACAGUACGGCCGUGGAGUCCCAACUUGACCACUACAACACCCAGCUGAAGAUACUCCAUGAUGAGAUCGAGAAGAAGGAGAAACAAGUGUCCACGCUCAAGGCAGAGCUUGAGAAGGAGAAUGGCUUAGUAGCUCAUCUUGAGGAACGUCUUGCUGAGAAGACUGCAUCCGUUGAUGAAGCUACCUCCAACCAUGCUGAUCUAGAACAUCAACUCGAUGAACAGACCUCGGAGCUCAGGGAACUACAGAAUGUCUUAGAGAGGAAGACGGAGGAGUUUGAACAGACCAAUGAUGCAUUAUCCACAGUGAAGGAGCUUCAUGGACAACAUUGUCAAGAAAUGCAGCAACAGAUAGAAAAUCUCCUGGAAAACAAAGAGACACUGUCAACCGAUCACCUUCAACUCAGCCAGACUGUCGCCCAGCUGCAAAGUGAGCUUACAUCCCAAAAAUCACACAGCGAGUUAUUGGAAGCAGAACUGGACAAAGUCAAAACAGAAUUAGAUGCGGAGGUCAGGGAGCUUAGAGAGAGCAAAGAGACCCUUGAGAUGAGAGCCAACGAGGAUGGUCAGAGAGUCUCUCAGCUGGAAGCAGCUCUGCUCAUCUGUAAGGAAGAGCUGACUGGUUAUAUCGAUAAACUAGAUAACAUGAGAGACAGACACGAGCAGGAUCUACAGAGUAAGAAGAAUGAGAUGAAGAAGUUGGAGAAGCAGUUGAAGCAGGCUAAGGAGGAGUUGGAGACGGUUGCAGACCAGGUUCUAGAGUUAGAGCAAGCCUUGAAUGAACGACAGCAGAUGCUGCAGCAGAGUGCCUCUCGUAUGGCCGAGCUAGAAGACAAAGAGGGACAGUUAGAACACCAGGUGUCUCAUCUUGAGAAAGGUUUAAAUCACAUCACUACAGAGGCUGAGAACGAUGCUGCAAUGAUCGAGAAAAAGCUUCAUCAAGCAUGUAUGGAUCUUGAAGACAGGAGCACCCAGCUCACAGAAAUUACUACAACUCUAAGCCAAACACAGUCGGAGCUCGCUGAGGCCAACACACGGUCCGCUGACCUUGAGCGACAGCUCAGCCAAACUAAGAAAGACUGUGAUAACCACGCUAACAAAGCAACCCACCUGGACAUCGAUCUGAGAGAAGCAAAGCUACAACUCGAUCACAAAACUGAAAAGGUAACAGAUCUUGAGAAGUCCCUAGCAGAGGCCAGACUGGACAACAAACAACACGGAGAGCGUUUCCAGGAUCUAGACGGCGAGCUUCGCAAGGCGCAGCUUGAGAUGCAGGCUGCCACCAAGCAGCUGUCUGAACUACAGCGAUUGCUGCAACGAAGCCGGGCAGAGACUAAGCAAAAACAGCAGCGGAUGCAAGAGCUGAAUGAAGAGCUGCGGCGAAGCCAAGAGGAGUCAAGGAGUCGGAGUCAAGAUAUUGUUGAGAUGGAUGAAGCCCUAAAGAGCAGUCAACGAGAGCUUCAUCAAAGAGCAUCACAGGUGAGCCAGCUUGACAUGGUGGUGAAGGAGCAUCAGAGUGAAUCAGAACAGAAGAUUCUUCAGUUGGAGAGCAGCUUGAAUAAAACUCAGUAUGAGCUGAAACAAUGUUCCAGGCAGAUGACUGAGGUAGAUGAUAGAUGCCAGGAGCAGCAGGAGACGUUGAAGGAGCGUGCCUUACAGUUGCAGCAAUUAGAGCAGGUAGUCGCCAGGCAGAAGAAUGAAAUCAACCGCAAGACCAUGGAGAUCACACAACUCCAGCAGAGGGUAGAUGACUUGAUGAGACAGUCCAGUAAUUACCGAGAGGAUGAGUUGGCUCAGGGCCAGCAGCUACGUCUGGCUAGAGAGCAGAUGCAGCGUCACCAUGUAGAGCUGACUGAGGCUAGACGGCAGCUGGCAAAGGUGCAAAGAGAAAAGGACCAGCUCGCCAGAGAGUUAGAAGACACCCUGAAGCUCUGUCACUCCAAGGAUGAAGACCACGCUAGGCUAGCUGAGGAGCACGGCGCCAUCAUUGCACGCGAGACCGAGACGGAGACCAGGUUCGGUGCUGAGCUUGAGCGCAUACGUGAUCUUCAGAUGAGGGAACUGGACGAGAAAGAACGCGAGUUGACACAGCUACGAGACAGUCACUCAGCCCUUCUGGCCUCCAAGAACCAGCUGGAGGCGAGUCAUCGUUUAGAGAUCAACAGAAUCAAGGAGGUUGAGAUAAGGAGUAAGCAGGAGGCGGCGUCGAGCAGGGAGAAGGCAACGGGUCUAGAAAAUGAGCUCCUGGCUCGGAAGGAGGUGAUUGAAGCGGCUAACGAGGCUAUUGUCAUUAAGGAAGCUGAGGUAGCCCGCCUGAAUGCCCGCAUAUCCGGAUACGAGAGGGCGACAUUUGGAACCCCGUUUACCAAUCAGGACACCCAGAAUCACCCAUCACCGUUUGCUCGUAAUAGGAGUGCCCCAUACCUCAUGCCGUCACUUUUACCUGGAUCCCACUCCCAGGUCCAGUCCCCUCGGACCGUCCUCAGACGAAGCACCUCCGACCUCUACCUGGCGUCCGUCGGGAACGACCCCUUACUCCAAAACGGGUUCCACGUAUCCGGAGAAACUCACCACGAUCCCUUCACUCGUUCAGGUCCGAAGAAGCAUUCGCGACAUCUCACGGAUACCGGUUACCAAUCGCGCGGGGGGCUAUACGGCAGCCAGGACUACCAUCAACCCCCGACGACUCACACUCCGAUACGCUACGACCCAAACGACUCCCAUACACAUGAUAGGGUGCUGAAUGAUCCUGACCGACUCGGGCAUUUCUCUGAUACAGACAGCGCGGACGAUAAUUUUGAAUCGUUCCAGGGGAUGCUUGCAAAUGUGAAUCAUCAAAUGACGAAUCAGCAGCAACAACCUCAGAGCGACCCCCAUGCUAUGAACUUCAAUAUUUCAGGUAUCGCCGGUGAUCAAUCACACUCCCUGGCAAAUUUAACUCUAGAGGACUCAGAGUUGAAGUUGAAUCUCUCCGAGCUGCAGGAGGGUGGAGGAGAAAGUCCAAGGAAAUCAAGACCUGGUGCGAGGAUGUCUUCAGGAAAUCUUGGAAGCAGACCUGGGGCUUCUCCAUCGUCAAGGGACGGGGCUGGUAGAUCUCCAAGACAGAGUUCCUCGCUUGGUCAUAGACCGAAGAUCAUGCAGUCUCCAUUUGGUGCAUCACCUCAGAGUUUGCCACUGAAGAAACGUCUAGCGUCGCAGCGAGCCAAGAUGGCCGCUAACAAGUCCACGACAGAAACUCCACUCAAACCAGAAGAUUGCAUGGCCGAUCUGCAGGACAGAUUACGCGCCAAUGAUGUAAGACGGCGUCGCAUUGACGACCAGUUGUACAACAUGAGAGACCACGCCCGCAAAAUCACCAAUCGUAUUCUCGGAAAAGACGAACCGGAAAAAUGAGAAGCAGUUUUAGGCUGGCGCCUUGAACUGUAAAGUUUGAAUUGUUGUCAAUUCUAUUGGAUCCUUAAGCGUCACACAGCAUUGUAUUCCAGAGCUUCCGACUCUCUCUUGAUUGUGCAGAAAGUUUCCUGAAAAUAAACCAAUAUUUCCAGUUCCAGUUCUGCCACAUAGCAAUUUUGUUGUAUGAUUUGAAAGGUUCACAACAUUUUGCUUAGCAUUUAAAAAGUUUAAGCAAUGAAUUGCGUGACUUUCAGUCUUCCAAUCAAAUGACAAGGAUCUACUUGGGCGUUACAUAAUAUUAAUUAUCUUCAAGUACGCGCUAAUCCUUAAAUCAGAUUCGCAGAAUAAAAACCUAUAUUGCACGGCUAAU